GCAGGGGGGUGGGGGGGCGGGCCGGACGGGUGUUUCCGUUGCCUGGAGCUGGAGCAGCGGUCCGAGCGCCCUGCUGGCAUCCCUGUCGCCUCGCUGCGCGCCCGCACCCGCCGCUCUCCCGGAGGCUCCGGCUCCUAGUCCCUCUCUUCGGCCCCCGCCCCUCGGUCUCUUCUCCGGACCUGAGCAGUCGCCAUGGCGCAGGCUCUCAGAGGCACCGUAACCGACUUCCCCGGGUUUGACGAGCGGGCGGAUGCGGAGACCCUCCGGAAGGCCAUGAAGGGCCUGGGCACCGACGAGGAGAGCAUCCUGACGCUGCUGACGGCCCGCAGCAACGCGCAGCGCCAGGAGAUCGUGGCCGCCUUCAAGACGCUGUUUGGCCGGGACCUGCUGGACGACCUGAAGUCAGAGCUGACGGGGAAGUUCGAGAAGCUGAUCGUGGCCCUGAUGAAGCCCUCCUGGCUCUACGACGCCUACGAGCUGAAGCACGCCCUCAAGGGAGCGGGGACGGACGAGAAAGUCCUAACGGAGAUCAUUGCUUCCAGGACCCCCGAGGAGCUCACGGCCAUAAAGAACAUCUACGAGGAAGAAUACGGCUCGAGCCUGGAGGACGACGUGGUGGGGGACACCUCGGGGUUCUACCAGAGGAUGCUGGUGGUCCUCCUGCAGGCGAAUAGGGACCCCGACGCCGGGAUCAACGAGGCGCAGGUUGAACAGGACGCCCAGACGCUGUUCCAGGCGGGAGAGCUGAAGUGGGGCACGGACGAGGAGAAGUUCAUCACCAUCUUCGGGACGCGGAGCGUGUCCCACCUGCGGAGGGUGUUUGACAAGUACAUGACCAUUUCGGGGUUCCAGAUCGAGGAGACCAUCGACCGGGAGACUUCGGGCAACUUGGAGCAGCUGCUCCUGGCUGUGGUGAAGUGCAUCCGCAGCAUCCCCGCCUACCUGGCCGAAACGCUCUACUACGCGAUGAAGGGCGCCGGCACCGACGACCACACCCUCAUCAGGGUCAUCGUGUCCCGGAGCGAGGUGGACCUGUUCAACAUCAGGAAGGAGUUCCGGAAGAACUUCGCCACCUCGCUCUACUCCAUGAUUAAGAGCGACACGUCCGGGGACUACAAGAGAGCCCUCCUGCUGCUCUGCGGGGGUGAAGAUGACUGAGGUGCCACCAGGGACCCCGCUGUGCCCGCCCGUGCCGCCACCGCCCUCAGCACCGCUCGCCGCUCCGCUGCCCGAGGCCACUCGCUGCCUUACCCCUGCCCGCCGCCCUUGUCCCCACGCCCAUGGCCCACGCGUGUCGCAGACGCAGGCGGGCACGGGGCUUCUUGCUCAUCCUUCCUCUCUGACUCCCCUCAAGCCACUCCCUCACUCAGACCAAAGCUGCCUCCCGCGUGUCCCUGGAAGAGGCGGCCGGACUGGACGCCCAGCUGCAAGUUGGGAACCUGGAGGCUCGUCGGCCGCUGGGCCACCGAGUGACACCUGGGAAUCGUGUGGUGCCUUCAGAGGGUCCGCGCAAUAAACAUGUCCUCCCCGGCC